GUUCUAGCCCGGAGCUUCUACUCUCUCUCUCUGGGUGACGGUUCUUGGUUGCCAUCGACCAUAAACGAUCGUGUUCGGCGCAACGGUGGAGGGAAUGAGAGGGCGCCUCAGUCCUUACCAUCGUCGUCCGCUGGUGGCCUCCAUCAGACGGAAUCCCCACGGAGGAAUCAAUCCGAAUCCACCACCAUCGAUGAAUUCUCUCGCCAUCGCUGCCUCCUCUCGACCUGCUUACUCAAACUCCACCAUCAACAUGGCCGUCAAGACCGUGAAGGUCUCCAUCAAGGGGAGGGUUCAGGGUGUUUUCUACAGAGACUGGACGGUACAGAACGCCAGGGAACUGGGCCUGAAAGGAUGGGUCAGGAACAGGUGGGACGGUUCGGUGGAGGCGCUUUUCUCUGGGGAGCCCGACUCUGUGGAGGAGAUGGAGAGGAGGUGCCGACGCGGGCCCCCUUCCGCCAUGGUUACGGCCUUGAACGUCUACCCUGCUGAUACCGAAGACCCUGGUCGAUCCUUUGAAAGGAGGCCCACUGUGUGAUUCGCCAUCUCUCUCUUGGGGUUUAUUUUUGCCUUGCUUGAUGUUCAUAGUUGUAACUAGAGCUAAUCGAGAAGCAGUGUGGACCGAAACCUGUAUGUAAGCUACUAACAGUUCGUAGAAUAUGUUAGGACCAUCCUGUUAAUAUAUUUGAACAGUUUUAUA